AUGGAGAAUAAACAAGUGGUUUUUUUCCCUAAAACUUUGUUAGGGAUGAGUGAAAUAACGGUUGAAUUACUAGGAUUCAUCAAGCUUAUGAAAAACGUCAGGUAUUAUUUUGUACUUCCGAAUUAUAUUAAAAACACCAGAAAAGGAUGUAAAGUGAAGACAAUUGGGCACUUUACCAGAACUGAUUGUCGGGCCUGUUUCAAACGCAGAGUCACUAAUAUUUUGUGCAUAACUGAAAUCAAUGGGAAUUUGAACGCCAGUUUGUUGCCAGGACAACUUGACAAUUUUGUAUUGGUUAUGUAUGAUCCUUCAAGGUUGUACGACUAUGGGACACUAUUCAAAUAUGAAGGUGAUUCACAGAAAUUUAUUUGUUUCAUAAUGCUGUCAAAUUGGCUAGCUAGUACAGAAAAUGUACAAAAGCAGUGUCAUCUAUCAGAAGUUGUCAUAUUUCAGAGAUUUACCAAAUAUUUGUUGAUUAUACUUAAUGUGCUUAUAAACAGCCUUGAAACAAAGAUUGUACAAUUUACAAUAUUACGACUGACAUUAUUUAAACACAUAUUGGGUGUAAUGAAAAACUAUGUGUGGCUAGUAGACAAUCUCAUACAUAAUAAACAUAUUUUAUCAAGAGCAAAAUCAAUCAAUUAUUUGAUGUCAUGUAUUUGUGAUGCAGUUUUUGGAAUAAUAAUUCUAUAUAUACUCAAUACUACAUUUACUUCGUCAAACGAAUUAUUUUCCUACAUUUCAAGCAUUUCUCAUCAAGUUAUUAAAGUGCUACAGGGUACAUUGCAAUGGCUUAUGGGCAGUCCAGCAGGGUUAAAACUCAAUGAUCCUCUGAACAGUUUACUUGGAACAUGUUUUCUUUAUUUAGUCAAUCUUUGGUGGUCUUUUUUAGUAUUAUGUCGGCCAUUUUUGGAGUUGACGUUUCAAGUUUAUGUUUUCAUUGGUAUUUUUGGAUUAUCUUACCAAAUAGCAAUCUUAGAAGAUGUAUUGGCGAUUGUCAGUUUUCACGUUUACUGCAUUUAUGUAUACGCAGCAUGGUGA